AUGAAAAUAAUAAAUAUAAUUCUAUUAUUUUUAAUAAUAAAUUUAGCAUAUUGUCAUAAUAGCAUUAACAAACAAAAUAAUAAUAAAAAUGAUAUAAACAUAAAUCAAUAUAAUAAUAUAGAUAUAAAUAAUAUAGAUGAUAAGGUAUUAUUAAAGAGAUUGGGAUAUGAUACAAAUGGAACAAAGUGCGAUGUUUGUACAUAUGGUAUCAAUGAGAUUCAAAAGAUGAUUAUCACUGAAAAAGGCCCAGAAGAUAUCAAAGCAUGGGCUAUUGAUUUAUGCACUUAUUUAAGAAUUGAAAAACCACAAGUUUGUGAAGGAUUAAUUCCUUUAUUUAUGGGUAUGGCAAAAAAUGUAUUAUCAUUCCCAGGUGUAAAUGGUGAGUUUGUUUGUGGAUAUGUUGGUUUUUGUCCAUAUAAACCUAGUAAUUAUACACCAGAAGUUAUAUUCCCAAAGCCAAAACCACCACAUGUUCCUGUAGUUCCUCCAUCACCAGGAUCACCAACUAUGAAAAUUUUACAUCUUUCAGAUAUUCAUGUAGAUCCAAUUUAUGAGCAAGGUAUGAAUGCAGAUUGUGGCGAACCAUUAUGCUGCCGCGCUGUCAAUGGACCAGGUAAAGGAUCAAAUGCUGCAGGUAAAUGGGGACACUAUUCAUGUGAUGUCAAUUUAUUAAUGGUAGGAUCAAUGUUUGAAUUCAUUGAAAAUGAAUUUGGUAACGAAAUUGACAUGGUAUUUUGGACUGGUGACAACCCACCACACGAUAUUUGGGAACAAACAUUCGAUGGUCAACUAAACUCAUCAUUAUUGGUAACAAAUUUAGUAAAGAAAUACUUUGGAUCUAGCAAAAUUUUCCCAGCAAUUGGUAAUCAUGAAUCCUUACCAGUUAAUUCAUUCCCAUUACCACCAGGAAGUUCAUGGUUAUUCAAUGCCUUAGCAAGCGAUUGGAGUGACUGGAUCAACACUGACGAACAAGUUAAAACUCUUCAAUGGGGUGGCUACUAUACUCUUCCAGUUCAAAAUGGUAUUCGUGUAGUUUCAUUAAAUAUGAAUUGGUGUAACAAUGGAAAUCUUUGGAUGGUCGAAAAUGGUACUACCGAUGCUGCUGGUAUGCUCCAAUGGGUUAUUGAAACUUUACAAGCAUCCGAAGACAUUGGCGAAAAGGUUUAUCUUGUUGGUCACAUCCCACCUGGUAUUGCUGAUUGCGUUGAUAUCUGGUCAGAACAAUUCUUCCAAAUUGUAAAUCGUUAUGAAGACACCAUUAUUGCCUCCUUCUAUGGUCACACUCACAGAGAUGAAUUCGAAAUAUAUUAUACCCAAGAUGAAAACAAUCCAAAUCAAACCAGACCAUCCAGUGUAGUAUAUGUAACACCAUCAGUUACAACCUACCAACAUCAAAAUCCAUCCUUCCGUAUUUAUACAGUUGAUGCUCAAACAGGUUAUGUCAUGGAAUCAUCAACCUACCACACAGAUCUAUCACAAGCCAAUCUUAACGACAAACCAACAUGGCUUUUGGAAUACAAUGCAACCAAAGCAUAUAAUAUGCCAGAUUUAACACCUACAAGCUGGCACCAUGCUGUUUCAAAUAUGACUGCUGAUAGCUCUUUAUUUGAAAAAUAUUACAACUAUUAUUAUUCAUCAUCACCCUACCCAGAAUCCAAACCAUGCACCUCUGACUCUUGUAAAUUAGACUUCAUCUGCAAAAUGUCAUCAGCCACCUAUCUCAAAUACUAUGAAUGUGUCCAUCAAAAAAUUACUGAGCAUUUAUCAAAUGAACCAAAUGAUCAAUUAAAAGUAUCAAGAAAAGUAAAUAUUUUAUUAGAUUUACAAAAUUAUUUAAACAAUGACACUUUAAAAUCUUGUUAA